GUUAAACCUGGCAAUAAUAUUUGUUUGUCAAUGUCACGUCAAUAAUCAAAGCAUAUUUAUGAUCUUGUGUCCGAUAUCUAUACAAUUCAUUCUUGUUAAUAUUUUAUUCAUAUAACUGAAGUAUUUCGUCAAAGUUAAAAAUGAUGUUCAUUGCCGAGGAAAGCAAACUUGAUUCUGGGAAGUACACUACAAAUUCUCAAUCCAUACAGUUUGGACCCUGGUAUAUUUCGUACGAUGUUAGUUGCAUAUUACCAAGUGUCUGUUCCACAAAAGUUGUAUGCGAACGAGACGAUGAUCAAUUUUGUCAGUUUUGUGUUUACUGCAAGGAGUUGAAUAUUCCACAUUUUCCUGAUAUGGUGUUUCCGAAAAACAUUCUCAACUUGUCGCACGCAAGUGGUGCAUGUAUAAAUUUCAACCCUUUGGAUGCUUUAAAGCGGGUUUCAAGUAGGGUUCAAGCAAUUGAAGUUUCAUGCGCUGAAGCAUGGCAGGAAUCAAGACCAGAUGCUGAAAAGAAGAAACAAAACUUUGAUUGGACAUUUUCAACAGAUUAUAAAGGCACAUUGAAUGACAAAAUUGUUGUGGAGCCAACAGAUGAGAAAAUUAAUUUUGAAGUGUUGAAAAAAAAAGACCAAAUACUUUUUUAUCAAGACUUGACAUUAUUUGAAGAUGAAUUGCAUGAUCAUGGAAUAUCUAAACUCUCAGUAAAAAUUAGAGUGAUGCCAUCAUAUUGGUAUGUGUUGCUGCGCUACUUUUUACGUGUAGACGAUGUUCUAGUUCGUUCCCAUGAGACCAGGAUGUUCCACAUGUUGGACUCAAAUUAUGUCCUCCGAGAGUUUACUGCCAAAGAAUCAAGAGCAAGUGAUUUAAAUAUGCCAACAACACAGAUGAAAGAAGCAGAUGAUGUUGUAGUGUUUCUUCCGGUGAAGCACAUAGAAACAGAAAAAUUAAUUAUAAACUUUGAAACAUAAAUAAAAGAUCUCCGUAAUGUGAUUUAGGUUAAGCAAACAAUAAUUAUAAAUACAUGUUCCUUAGAGUA